GGACUAUAGGAUAUUUUAACCCCAAAAACUUUCAGCCAUUUUCUAAAACCCUAAAAUAUCACUGUCAUUCGUUGCCGUUCACCGUUCACUGACGUUCUGAAGGAGCUUCACCGUAGUUCAGCUCGGGUUGCUGCAUACAGCGUUAAAUGGCUACUGUCAGUAACAGCAAUAGCAGCAGCAGCAGCAGCAGCAGCAGCAGCAGCAUCGUUAAUGGCGGGAUAAGUAUCGUAAGUGAUGGUCAAUGGAAAGCCGAGGAAGCAGUUGGUGGGAAUGCCAAGGCUCUCCAAGCCUUGAGAGAACUUAUCGUUUUCCCUCUUAUCUACUCUCGUGAAGCCCAGAAACUUGGUCUCAAAUGGCCUCGUGGUUUGCUCCUAUAUGGUCCCCCAGGCACUGGGAAGACAAGCUUGGUACGUGCAAUUGUUCGGGAAUCUGGUGCCCAUUUAAUAGUUCUCAGUCCACACUCUGUUCACAGAGCACAUGCUGGAGAAAGUGAGAGAAUUUUGCGGGAAGCAUUUUCAGAAGCAUCAUCUCAUGCGAGUUCAGAAAAACCAUCAGUUAUUUUCAUUGAUGAAAUAGAUGCGCUUUGCCCUCGUCGUGAUUCAAGACGUGAGCAGGAUGUUCGGCUAGCAUCUCAACUCCUUACAUUGAUGGACUCCAAUAAACCCUCAGCAACUUCUGUACCACGAGUCGUUGUGGUUGCAUCGACUAAUAGAGUGGAUGCAAUUGACCCAGCUCUAAGAAGGUCAGGGCGUUUUGAUGAUGAAGUUGAAGUUACCACGCCUAAUGAAGCAGAAAGGUUUCAAAUUCUCAAGCUUUAUACAAAGAAGGUUCCUUUGGAUCCCAGUGUUGACUUACAAGUUGUAGCUGCAUCUUGCAAUGGAUAUGUUGGAGCUGAUUUGGAAGCUUUAUGUCGUGAGGCAACCAUGUCCGCAGUUAAAAGGUCUACAGAUGCAGGUGAAGUUCCAAGUGUGGUUAACCUAACUAUGGACGACUGGAAGCUUGCUAAGUCUGUUGUUGGCCCAAGCAUAACAAGAGGUGUAACUGUGGAUAUUCCAAAGGUGUCUUGGGAUGAUAUUGGUGGACUCAAAGAUUUGAAGAAAAAGCUCCAGCAAGCUGUUGAGUGGCCUAUCAAACAUUCAGCUGCAUUUGCAAGGCUAGGGAUAUCUCCUAUGCGUGGAGUUCUUCUGCAUGGACCUCCUGGAUGCUCAAAAACAACUCUUGCUAAAGCUGCUGCUCAUGCUGCCCAAGCUUCUUUUUUCUCUUUGAGUGGUGCAGAGCUAUACUCGAUGUAUGUUGGAGAGGGUGAAGCUUUGUUGCGAAAUACAUUUCGUAGAGCGCGUCUGGCAGCACCAAGCAUAAUUUUCUUUGAUGAAGCUGAUGUUGUUGCUGCUAAACGGGGUGGGAGUUCGAGGAACAGUACUACCGUUGGAGAGAGGCUUCUAUCCACUUUACUGACUGAAAUGGAUGGUUUAGAACAGGCAAAAGGGAUUCUUGUUUUAGCUGCUACCAAUCGACCUCAUGCAAUCGAUCCUGCGCUCAUGCGGCCUGGAAGAUUUGAUUUGGUGCUCUAUGUACCGCCACCUGAUAUGGAAGCUAGGUAUGAGAUCCUUCGCGUGCAUACACGGAACAUGAAAAUCGGGGAUGAUGUUGAUCUAAGAAGAAUAGCAGAAGAUACAGAGCUGUUCACGGGAGCCGAAUUGGAAGGUUUGUGCAGGGAAGCCGGGAUAGUUGCCCUGAGGGAAAACAUAUCCGCCACCUUAGUCAGCAAUCGACAUUUUGAAACAGUGAAGUUGUCCCUAAAACCAGCACUAACAAGAGAUGAAAUUGAAACUUAUUCAUCAUUUAUGAAGAACCAAGGUUCAAUGUUGUCCCCUUCCGGUGCCACCGAGUUGAAACUGAGUACCCGGCAAAAAGCCAUAAUACAAAAAGGUAGAAGUUCAUUGAGUCAAGCAUUUCCAAUUAAAAUAGGUAUUUUGGGUGUCAUAUUGCUUAUUGCUGGUACAUAUAUAUUCAUGCAUAAUGAACAAACUUCAUAUGAAUCAGUGGUUACAUAAAGUAUGCUGAUGAUCUUAUAUAAAUAGUUUGUAUCACCUAUUUUUUUUGGUAACGUUUGUUUAUUUAUAGAAA